UACUUCACUCUCGAUCAGUCAGCAAAAUAAAAUCGACCUCUGUCAGAGUGGAAACAAUUUAUUCCAAGUUCCUCCUAUCAUCCAGCACUGCAUUCUGUUUGAGAAGAACUCGAAACAGCAAACGCCUGCGAAAUUCCUUGUAGAGUGAAAAUUUAUUAGUUUCGGCUUGAUGCACUGUGAGUGAGAAGCAACCACCGCAGUGCGGGGUGGUGAUGAUGGAUUCGUGUCGCUGUUGUUUGGCCCAAGUGUUCGAUCUGUUCUGCGUAUUUACCCAGCUGGACGAGUUCAAUGUGAAAAUUUGCGAACUCAUUUCUAAUUUGGGUGGGAUUUUGAUUUCAGAAUGCGAUAGCUUUUCGAAACAUAUUUGUGGAGACUGCUUGAGAGAUUUGACCUGCGCCGCCAGGUUUCGAAUGCGGUGCCUCAGGGCUAAUUAUGCUUUAAGGUGUAAUGCAGCCGUGAAGGAGGAAAACGAAACGGAGGACUUGUUAAAACCGCAGGUCAUAGAUUUAGUGGAAUCUGACGAUGAGUCCGUAGUGUUCGUUGAAUUGGAGGAACAAGAAGAAUCUAUCACGGGUCUGAUGAGGAAGCGACGGAAAAGCAAAAUAAAGGCUAAAAUAAUGCUUAAAAUUCGAUACAAAAACUACGAAGACAAACUUCACAAAAAGUUAAGGAAAAUCGCCCAGCAGCCAAAGCCCCAGGACCAUCGAUUUCGCUGCGACUACUGCGGCAAAGCAUUCAAAUAUUUAUCCUUCUUAACCGUUCAUAGACGCGUGCAUACGGGCGAACGACCGUAUCAGUGCAGUUUUUGUGAUAGAAGGUUCGGUCAAAGCGGUGGAUUGCAGGUUCAUAAGAGAAUUCAUACCGGAGAAAAACCUUUCCGUUGUGAAAUAUGUAAGAAGGCCUUCUGCCAGAAAGGUAAUUUGAGCAAACAUCUCGAAAAACACGAACAAAAUGACCGAAAAAUAGAAAAAUAAUAAUAGAACUUAAAUACUAAAUUAAAAUUUGUGGUCCGAUCAUGAUUUAAUACAGAAAGUGCAAUUU